AUGAGCUCUACAGAACAGAGACAGGCUUUAGAGGAACUUACUGUUGAGAAGAUCCUCUCCAACCUCUUCUUGGUCCGUUGCCAUGACUAUGUAGAGCUGUUAGCUGAGGUUUACUUCCUACCUUGCUUCCUUUCCGAGCAUCCUGAGGUGCGGUUAGUAGUGAUUGACAGCAUCGCCUUCCCAUUCCGGCAUGACUUUGAGGAUCUUUCUCAGAGGACCCGCCUCCUGAACGGCCUUGCCCAGCAGCUUAUCCAACUAGCAACACAACAUAGUUUAGCGGUUGUUUUGACCAAUCAGAUGACGACAAGGGUUUCAAAUGGCCAAUCUAAGCUGGUUCCUGCAUUAGGUGAGAGUUGGGGUCAUGCUGCGACGCAGAGGCUCAUCCUGCACUGGGAGGGACUGCGAAGGCUCGCCUCCUUGUACAAGUCCCCAAGUCAAAUGGAGGCCACAAUUCAAUAUCAGAUUACAGUCCAGGGUUUUAGGGAUGCCCCAGAUGAACCCAGAACUACUCCUGAUUCAUCUGCAGUCUCAUCUCCUUCAGGAAACCACAGCAAACGCCCUCGAAUGGAGGAUCUGUCUUGAGGAUGUAUUGCAGACCAUUUUGGUUUUCAAAGCAAUAUUCCUACUUCAAAACUUGAAAUAUGCUGAGAAAAAAAACAAGGAAACAUCAUAGCAGGAAUGUACAGAUAUGUAUAUAUUAUAUAAAAACACAAUUAAGGACAAUUACUUCUUGGAUUAUUAUUGAAUAAAUUAUAGUAUAUUGAUUGUUGGCCCUUAGUUAUUUAUUUUAUUGUGGUAUUAGUGGAUCAAUUAGUGGAUCCAAUAUAAAUUUCCCACCAGACAGUGUUACAAUUUAGGAGGAAAGACUGAAAAUGCCAAACCUAUUCCAAACUUUCUAACGAAAAUUGGAUGACGAACCAGGUUAAAGGCCAUAUAUUUAUCAAAUUAUUAAAAGUUGGUGUGCAUUAUUUCCCACCGCUUUACUAAUAUUCUGUAUUUAAUAUAUGCAAAAUUGUUUUUCUGCCACUUCAAGUGCUAGUGAUUAGUCAAACCAAUCAUCGUUAAUCAUGUCACCUAAUUUGCACAGGCCCAAAAUUUGUGCCAUAAUAUGCAAUUAACUAAAUUUGUAAUAGUGAAUUGAAUAAUUUGGCCCUAAUGAACCCAGUGAGAAGGAUUUGUUGUGUACAUUGUGUUGUACAGGUCAUAUCAGGAUGACUUUCUGCCUUGAUUUAUGCAUGAGUGACAGUAUAGAGAUAAAGAGUUUACCGCUCACAUUCACCUCCAAGUAACAUUAAUAAUUUAGCCGCAGAUUGUGCCGGUUCAAUAUCAGUAUAUCAUCCAGGUUCGUUCUCUUCCAGUGUAUAUGUGUGCGGUUCAUAAUUUUAAUUGAAUUAUACACUGGGAAGCCAGCAUUACAUCAGCACGAAGAUAAAAUAUGAGCACUUCACCUCAUAUUUCCUUGGCUGGCGAUGGAUAGUUUAGACACCCUGCAGAAGAACUGACUUAAAUGCUUUAUGCUCAUGUGGAAAGAAGGGGACAUUGUGUUCUUGAUGUUUUUAACCUCCAUGUUAGACACAGGAAGAGAUCAUGAUUGAAGAACUGCCUGAGACGGAGUGCUGGACUAAUAAGAUUACAUCAUCUGGGGCUGGUUUUAGAUGAGUGACUGUUUAGUUGUGUCCUAACAAGCACUUGGCCUCAGGCUUUUUCAGGUGAGGAGGAAGGUACACUGGGUAUUUCUACACUGCUAUGAAACUGUCAUCCUGGGUCACUGCAUCAGACAUCGCUUUACCAUAUGAUUGAUCAUUUUGAAGGUGAACAUGACAGGUUACUAGCUGACUAUGAAUACAGUUUCAGAUUGCUCUAUACAGGCAAGGCUAUACUUUAUUCUUUACAAAUAUGCACCAUGGUAACCAUCGAAAUACCAUAGUAGCUUUCAUAAUUUUUCUGACAUUUCGUUACCUAGCAAUAGCUGUGGUAACUAUGAUAUUUCACCACAAACUAUGGUUACCCUACAUUUCUGAAAAGGUUAAUACUGAGUUUGAAAUAUGCUUAGAAGAUUUUAGAUUGUUUCCUGUCAUUUUAAUGGUUAAUGAUAGUAUCUGGCAGCCCACAUUUGAACUAAUAAUAAUAACAAUGUCUCAGCUAUAGCUGGCUA